AUGAGUAAUGAGAAUGGACAUGGCUUUGUGAAUGACAAAUACAGUUUGCUGAAGGGAAAGGAAGAGGACCCCGAAUUGGUUUUUUUCAACUACCACGAAUUUCUAGCACCAACUCAAGAUUCAUCAUCAUCGCACCCAGCACUUGUGAUUAACCAUUUUCCUAACUAUUUCGCAGAUAAGUCAUCCAGCACUUUUCGUAAUACGAGGGUUGUGCGAAUACCGAGGUGCUAUGACAAUAAUCCCUAUUCAGAUUUGACACCACAAUUUUCAACGAUAUACCCUGGUCAAGAAGCAGGAGCAAUAAAACUUGAGGAACAUGGAGAGGUGACAACUGGAUUGUAUGAUGGAGGUGUAUUUGGGACGACUUCAGACAUUAUUGGGUUCAAGGAGAUCAUAUCGGAGGGGGAACUUUUUGAUAUUAUCGAUACAAUCAACCGAAUGUUGUAUGACGCAUUUUACCCAUUCCGUGUGGCUACUUUGAUAGAGAACAUUAUGGAGGUACUUACCGGUGGUCUAUUUAUUUCGAUAAUGAACUUGCUCAGAAUACGAACUUUUACAAAGAGAAAAGUGUUGGAAUUAGAGCAAUAUGUGGAAAAUGUCAAUGUCAAGUUACAGCCAAAGGAUGUGACGAUUGUAUCGCCUCGAAAAAUGGGAUAUUUAUCCAUUUGUAUAGUUUAUGUACCGAAAGUAGAUACAAAUGCUUGA